AUGGGAUCGGAAUCGUCCCGCGUUGAAACCAGGUGGUGGGAAGUAAAAGCCCAGCAAAAGUUAAGGACCACUACGAGCAUCGGUAAGGUGGAAGUGUUAUGCUCGCUCGUUCCCGGAGUGCACCAAGCAACUAUGAUCAGGUACUUAAAGGAGCGUCCUGACCUUGACACGCUCUUCGCCCUCCAUUGCGGGCGCCAGAGCCCCUCCACGAAGCAGCAUGCAGACCCCUCAAGCCUGACGGUCGAGAUGAAGGCCAGCGAGCUCUGGCAUGCGAUCCGAACGCCACUAGGGUACAGCAGGUCCCCAUGGGACUGGAACUGGCAGCCGCCGCUCACAGGAGCUCCUUCCGAAAUCGCGACCGAAUUCCAUGUGGCCGUUUGUCGCGCGAUCUUCCGGGUCCCCUUCUUCGACUUCGUAAAGUGUGCGCUUGGUUAUAGCACCGAAGAACGCUUCGUCGGGAGUCUACUGAAUGCUGUAUGCGACGUGCGCGACGGCCUUCGCAGAGCAUUUCGGGACCGCCCCGGAACACAGGACCUCUAUAAUAAAGUCGAGGAGGUAUUGAAACAGCGACACCACCCACUAGCGUAUUGGAUCGUUGCUAGUAGCCUGUUCCACACGACGUACGCCCCAUUCGACACCUUGGCCGCGGGCCCAAUCCAGACAAUAUUCGCAACGCGUAACCUUGACCUUGUACUCAAACGGCUUGCGGCUAUUAAUCGACGAUUUGUGCACGUUAACCAGAGGUACGAUUGGCAGAUGUGGUCAACUGACCUCGACUUUUGGGAGUACGUCGAUCAGGCACUGUGGUCAGGAAAGCUCAAUGCUCCGUUCAUACUUCCUCAACUGUCAAUGGAGGAUCGGGAAAAGAGACUGCGCUUUCUGGAGGGAUUCGAGACGGUAACUGAAGACAAGGCGCACAAUGCUUGGAGCAAAGUAAGGUCCGCUAUAAAGAGACUGGCGGCGGGACUCCGGUAG